UUCUUUUUUUUUUUCUCAGACAAUGCUUGUGCGAUCAAGGGUCUCGUGGAGGUCUCCCGCUGCGAUUGCUGCUGCAGCUGCGCUGUCGCUGUCGCUGCUGCUUGUGCUGCAUGUGGCUGAGACCGAGGCCAACCUCGUUCUGCGCACUCCGCUCAACCAGACGAUCAACGUUGACACUGCCGACGCUGACUUUGGCUCGUAUGCGAAUGGUCUCAGAGCAACUCUCUUCUUGUCGACGCCCGAUAUCCGAGGCUGCUCCCCGAUCAAGCCGCCCGCCAACUUUACAGGUAGCUGGGCAGUGCUCGUCCAACGUGGCAACUGCUCAUUUUCCGCCAAGGCAUUCGCGGCACAGCGUGCUGGCGCAGCGGCAGUCAUCAUCUUUGACGACGUUGACGAAGACUUGAUUGAAAUGGGCGGCGACUCGGACGUUGCCAUCGUCGCCGUAUUCAUCAGCCGAGACGAUGGCGAGCUUCUCCAAGAAUAUGCCGAACAACAGGGCUCGACUGUGACCAUUUGGCAAAAUGACGACAUCUUUGGAGUGUGGCCGACCUUCGUUCUGCCCUUCAUGAUUAUGAUGCUCGUGACCGCGUCCAUCUACGGAGUCUACCUUGUGUACCGCCACCGCCGGAUGCUUCGCGCAAAUCGCAUGCUCGAACCAGAAGUCAUUACCAUCCCGACGCGUCCCUACAAAAUGUCCGCCGACCAACAGGAGCCAGACACUUGCGCUGUCUGCAUUGAGGAGUUUGCUGUCGGCGAAAACCUGCGUGUCCUGCCGUGCAAUCACCUGUUCCACGACGCCUGCAUCGUGCCAUGGCUCACCCAGCAGCGCAGCACCUGCCCGAUCUGCAAACGUGACGUUCGCACUGGUCGGUCGUCAGGUGCUGGUGUCAGCACACCGACUGUGAUGGUUGCUGGCGAACGGACGCCGCUUCUUCGCGGCAGCACCAGCACUGGCCAAACUGCCAACUCGUUGCCGCCAUCGAUUCCGCCGCUGCCUGCCUCCGUUUCAGAGCAAAACUCACGCCUGACUCCUUCUCUCAGCCAGAUUCAAAACACUGUGUAGCUGAAUGGUGCCGGGGGUGGAUGAAGCUCUCUGUCGUUGAGCAUGCACAGCCAGAACAAACAAAAACACACACACAAAAAACCCAAAAAUACUGAUUCCUUCGAUUGACGUUUUGCUUUGAGUUGGGAUGUCGUAUGUAUGUAUGAUCAAUAUCACCUGGAGCUCUGCGACCAGGUCGGUAAAAUACACAGCUUUCGCUUGCA